UGCGCAUGCGUCUUGCAGUUUGAGUGGCUCACACGUGGGUGCAGAGGUCCAGCCAUCCUUCCAUCCAUUCAGUCAGUCAGUCAGUCAGUCAAUCAGUGUGCAGACCGCAGCUAACCCAGCCGCUUUCAGUCUGUCCUGCAGGAGCAGAAGUCACUCCGGGACUCCAGCAGAGACCAGGUUUGAUCCCAGACAGCGUAACUGCUGCUGCACUCAUGGCUGUCGUGAGGUUCUACAGUAAUGAAGCUCUGAAAAAUCGGGCCUUACAAAGGGCAGCAAAGCUCUACCCACAUCUGUUAGUCACGACCGAGCUGUGCUACAAUGUGGAACUGACAGGCUGCGAGAGUCUCAGCCAUGAGCAGAAGGGGGUUCUACUCUGGUUGUUUCGUCAUCCUCUGCACGCAGAGCCGCUGUCUGAGAAACCAAACCUCACAGAGGGCAGUGGGGAGAAACUGGUGGAGAUCGGGCCCAGGUUGAACUUCUCCACUGCCUGGUCCACUAACGCUGUGUCCAUCUGCCAGAGUGCCGGUCUCACUAAUGUCACCCGAGUUGAGCUGUCGCGCAGGUUUCUCAUCAAGCCCAAGACCGAGCAGAGUGUGAGUGAAAUCAGUGGAGAUGUAAAGAAGCUGAUUGAGUGUCUGUAUGACAGCAUGACGGAGUGCAUCUAUCAACACCCCAUCACCUCCUUCACUGUGGAAACAGAACCUCAGGCGGUGUUCGACGUGGACAUCCUGGGGAAGGGUCGCGCAGCCUUGGAGAGCGCUAACGAUGAGCUGGGCUUGGCCUUUGACUCCUGGGAUCUGGACUACUACACAUCGAUGUUCCAGAGGAUUGAAAGGAACCCCACCAGUGUGGAAUGUUUUGACCUGGCCCAGUCCAAUAGUGAGCACAGUCGUCACUGGUUCUUCCGGGGGCGGAUGGUGAUCGACGGGAAGGAGCAGAAGGAGACUCUUUUCAGCCUCAUAAUGGACACGCAGCGGCACAGCAACCAGAACAACGUCAUCAAGUUCUGCGACAACAGCAGUGGCAUCAAAGGCAUGGAGCUUGAGUUCAUUUACCCAAAAGACCCAUCCCAAGCGAGCCCGUAUGAGACUCGGCGCUCACUAAGACAUGUCAUCUUCACAGCAGAGACGCACAACUUCCCGACUGGUGUAUCACCGUUCAGCGGAGCAACAACAGGGACUGGUGGUCGUAUCAGAGAUGUCCAGAGUGCCGGACGAGGAGGCCACGUCAUUGCUGGCACUGCAGGAUACUGCUUCGGGAACCUGCACAUACCAGGAUAUGAUCUCCCAUGGGAGUGUAAAGGAGAGGGAUGGGAGUAUCCCUCCACCUUUGCCCCUCCUCUGCAGGUGGCCAUUGAGGCCAGCGAUGGAGCUUCGGACUACGGCAACAAGUUUGGAGAACCUGUCCUCUCAGGCUUUGCUCGUUCCUUCGGCAUGCGGCUGGCUAAUGGGGAGCGACGGGAGUGGAUUAAGCCGAUCAUGUUCAGUGGUGGUCUCGGUUCUAUCGAAGAUCUACACGUGAAGAAAGAAGUGCCAGAGCCUGGAAUGGAGGUGGUGAAGAUCGGGGGGCCUGUGUACAGGAUCGGUGUAGGAGGAGGAGCAGCCUCUUCUGUUCAAGUCCAGGGGGACAACUCCAGCGACAGGGAUCUGGGUGCUGUCCAGAGGGGAGAUGCUGAGAUGGAGCAAAAGAUGAACCGUGCUCUCAGGGCAUGCCUGGAAAGAAGUGGCGGAAAUCCAAUCUGCAGUAUACAUGAUCAGGGGGCAGGAGGAAAUGGUAAUGUGCUCAAGGAGCUCAGUGAGCCAGCAGGAGCUGUGAUAUACUGCAGUAGAUUCAAGAAAGGUGACCCCACACUGAGUGUGUUGGAGCUUUGGGGGGCUGAGUAUCAGGAGAGCAAUGCCCUCCUGCUGCAGCCAUCAGAUCGGUCCUUCCUGGAGAGGGUGUGUCAAAGGGAGAAGUGUCCUGUUGACUUUGUGGGAAACAUCACAGGAGACGGCAAGAUUGUUCUGGUCCGUGACGAGGGAGGAAGUGGCGAUGAGGCAGACAGCGGGCGUUGUCCUGUGGACUUGCAGCUGGAGUGGGUUCUGGGAAAAAUGCCGCAGAAGGAGUUUAAGAUGGAGUCACUGGCCCUGAAUCAUCAAACACUGAGUCUUCCUGCUGGACUGACUGUCAAAGAUGCUCUGCACAGAGUUUUACGUUUGCCUGCUGUGGCGUCCAAACGCUACCUGACCAACAAGGUGGACCGGUCUGUGACUGGCUUGGUUGCCCAGCAACAGUGUGUCGGCCCUCUUCACACCCCAUUGGCCGAUGUGGCUGUUGUUGCUCUAUCACCUUUCAGCCUAGGAGGAGCAGCAACAGCCAUUGGGGAGCAGCCAAUUAAAGGGCUGGUGUGUCCUGCAGCAGGGGCUCGCAUGGCUGUGGGUGAGGCUCUGACCAAUCUGGUGUUUGCAAGGGUAACAGAACUAAAGGAUGUGAAGUGCAGUGGUAACUGGAUGUGGGCUGCUAAGCUGCCUGGAGAGGGGGCAUGCCUACAGGAGGAGGAGGGGCUAUCAAAGAGGACACAGCCAUACUUUAAACUGACCUUUAACCCCUCUGAAAUGCCCACCAUCAGCCAACCUGCACGUGUUGCUGUGGUCAGAGAGGAGGGCAGUAAUGGAGAUCGAGAGAUGUCUGUCUCUCUGUACAUGGCGGGCUUUGAGGUUUGGGAUGUCACCAUGCAGGACCUGUGCACUGGCUCAGUAACCUUGGACCCUUUCAAAGCAGUUGUUUUUGUUGGUGGUUUCAGCUAUGCAGACGUCCUGGGAUCAGCUAAAGGUUGGGCAGCUACUGUUGCCUACAACUCCAAAGCCAAGGCUGAAUUUGAUUGUUUCCGACAACGUGAGGAUACAGUGAGUCUGGGCGUAUGUAAUGGUUGUCAGCUGCUCGCCUUGCUGGGCUGGGUGGGAGAGAGCGAGGAAGGAGUGGAAUCUGAAGUGGUGCUGAGUCACAAUAAGUCAGGCAGGUUUGAGUCGCGUUUUGUCAGCGUUGGGAUCCAGAACUCUCCAUCCAUCUGGCUGAGAGGCAUGGAGGGCUCAGCGCUGGGAGUCUGGGUUGCACAUGGAGAAGGUCUUGUGCAAUUCCGUAGCUCUCGGGCUCAGGACCUGAUUAUUUCUGGUGGACUAGCCCCCCUCCGUUACCUUGACGACCAGGGUCAUCCCACUGAAGAGUACCCUCUCAACCCUAACGGCUCACCGCAGGGUAUCGCAGGACUCUGCUCCAGGGAUGGCAGACACCUGGCCAUGAUGCCCCACCCGGAGCGCUGCACCCUGAGCUGGCAGUGGCCCUGGGCCCCAAGGGACUUCAGACCUUCUCUCACACCUUCACCCUGGCUGCGUAUGUUCAAGAACGCAGCUUCUUGGUGCAGCAAUCAAGAGUGAUAUUCCUCCAUUAACAUGUUUCUAGUGCUGUCAAAGUAGGGUGUCAACUAAAACUGCCAUGUCUGUUUACGUUUUGUUGCCCAGCUUUUUACUUACUGGGGUACGCUGGUGUUUAUGCAUUAUUACUGCCUGUUAUACUUUAUUGACUUAUGGAUUAAACAUGAAUUUCAUAGGUUUAAUCUGCAUAUUGUACAAAACUGCAGGUCUGCUGUUAUUAGUGUUGGUCUGCUGAAACAUCCACUACUGAACUUGCUAACAAUAAAUGAUUUAAUACUGGAAAAACGUGGUGUUGUGUGACAUGAUAAAGAACG